CCACCCUCGUGCUCGCUGGACGCGACGCGCCCGCGCCCAUGGCGCGCUCCAAGCAGCACACACGCAUACACAACGCACACACUCCGCUCAUCGUCAAGCUUAGUUCUAACAUUGUCGGCCUCUCCUUCCUGCCGGCCCCUACUUCCACCCGUGUCCGUUCCUGCGCUCUCGGCUCGUCUCGCGCCGCGCCGCGCGCCAUGGCGCCUCGGCGGCGCCGGGCGUGGCCCGCGGCGGCUGCCGUCUUCGUUGCGGCCGUGGUCGCCGCCGGCUUCGCGGCCGAGGCGGCGGACAUGGUCCAGGAGAGGCUGACGGUGGGCAUGACGAUCGUCGCCGGCGCCGCGUCCACGGGGGCAGUGUGCCUCGACGGGAGCCCGCCGGCGUACCACCUGCACCGUGGCUCCGGCGCCGGCGCGCGCAGCUGGCUGCUCCAGUUCGAGGGCGGCGGCUGGUGCAACGACGUGCGGUCGUGCGCCGAGAGGGCCGGGACGCGCCGGGGAUCCACCCGCCUCAUGACCAAGGUCGAGAUCUUCUCCGGCAUCCUCAGCAACCGCCCGUCCAUGAAUCCAGAUUUUUACAACUGGAAUCGUGUGAAGCUACGUUAUUGCGAUGGUGGAUCCUUCUCGGGUGAUUCAGAAUAUAGAAAUGGGUCCUCAGUCCUCUACUUCAGAGGUCAGAGGAUAUGGGAUGCUAUUAUCACUGAUCUACUUCAAAGGGGACUAGCGAAAGCUGAAAAUGUACUGCUCUCAGGCUGUUCAGCAGGAGGCCUAGCGACAUUCUUCCACUGCGACAGCCUCAAGAAGCGUCUAGGAGGAGCUACCACGGUGAAAUGCCUGAGUGAUGCGGGAUUUUUCCUUGAUCUGAGUGACAUUUCUGGCAACAACAAUAUGAGGAAAUUCUUUAGCAGCUUAGUUUCGUUGCAGGGAGCUCAGAAGAAUUUGAACAAAGACUGCCAGAAUUCAACAGACUGUCCAUACCUGUGUUUUUUCCCACAAUAUGCACUUCCAGACAUCAGAACCCCUUAUUUCAUCUUGAAUUCAGCUUAUGACGUGUAUCAGUUCCAUCACAUUUUCGUGCCCCCUUCAUCUGAUCCAAGGGGGCAAUGGAGCCGCUGUAAGAUGUAUCCUGGUGCAUGCAGCACAUCCCAAAUUGCAACCCUCCAAGGCCUGAGAAGUGCAAUGUUGACAUCUCUGAAACAGAUUCAAGGCAAACCAGAGGCAGGGAUGUUCAUAAACUCUUGCUUUGCACAUUGCCAGAGUGAGCUGCAAGACACAUGGUUUGCACGAGAUUCACCGAUGAUACACGAUAAGAAAAUCGCAGAGGUGAUAGGUGAUUGGUACUUUGAAAGAGGUGCUGCCAAGGAGAUUGACUGCGCCUAUCCUUGUGACUCAACUUGUCACAACCUUAUACCAUCUGAUCAGGGUGGAAUCUCAGGUGCUCAAAGUGGACACAUGAAGCGUCCCCUCAUGAGAGAAGACUUAAAAGUGAUACAAUAUCAGUUCUAGGAGGCUGAUAACACUUUUAUUACAUCAGAUGGUACAUCACCGUACAACUCUACGCGGAAGUGGGCAGUGAAGC